UAGGCAGAAGCGGCUGUGCCCAGCGCGCAGAGCGGAGCGCGCCGAAGCCUGAGCUGGUGAGGGGGCCGAGGCUGUGGGGAGGUGGCGGUUGGACUUCGGAAUCUCAAGGACUCCGACUCCUGGCUUGUUCAGAGAAGGGCAUCCUGGGAGCCCCGACUCCUGGACCCCUGGGUGAGGCGGCAUGGGCGCUGUUGCCCUGCACAGUGGGGUCAGGACUAAGACUACGGGGCUCUGGGAAGGACGGGGCGGGAGCCGAACUGCUGAGUCUCGGAGGGAGAAGAUGGGUCGCCCUACGCGAGUCCAAGGGAUUGUGAGGGGCCGCUGGGAGGGUACGAGGCCUGACACUUGGAGAUGAAAGAGGGGAGGCGGGGUCGAAGAGGCCAGUAGGGGGCGAGCUGCGACCCGGACUCAAAUUCCGGUCCCGUCUCCGGGGGCGUGUCGCUUUGGAACCAUCGAGCCCCGCCUCUGGAAACUUAAGGACACGCCUCCGUAACGCUCAGUUCAAUCCUUUGAACUCUUAGGCCCCGCCUCCUGGGGGGGUCUCCGCGCCCUGGAGCAGACGCGAGAGGCGCUCAGCCCUCCUAGGCCCCGCCCCCGGAGCGCCUGGUCCCGCCCACCCCGCAGGAGCCCGAGCGGCCAUGGGGACGCGGAGCAGCCCCGCCGAAGGGACCCCGCCGCCGCCGGUCCCGGAAUGCGACGUGGAGGUCCAGCCCCAGGGCUAUCCCGAGGAGUCCCGGGAACAGGAGGCUCCCAAGGUACUGGCGGAACCUUCGAGCUGCGGAGGAGCUGAGAAGCAGGGGGAGGAAGAAGAAGAAGUGGGAGAAGGCAGCAGCACUGAGAGCAGCCGCGACGCGCCCGAGGCUACGCCUCCGACAGCGACUGCGUCCAUACCCGCCUCAUCCACCUCUUCGGGGGGAGGGGUGCGAGGGGCGGCGCGGCGCCUGCGAGGACAGCAACUGGAGGCAUUGACUCGCGUGGCCCUGAUGGAGCAGCGAGUGAAGGAGCUACAACGCCAGAGGAAGGAGCUGAGGAUCGAGAUGGAGGUGGAAGUGGCCUUGCUGCGGGGUGAGCUGGCUGGGGAGCGAGUGGCCGCUCGCCGGGAGGAGGAGCAGCUGCGGGAGCUGCUGGGGCAGCAGGCGGCCUCGGAGCAGCGCGGCCGCCAGCAGCGGGAACAGGAACAGAGGCGGCUGAGCCAGGAACGGGAUCGCCUAGAGGGUCUUCGCCAGAGACUCCGGGAGGCCCAGGGACAGCUCGACUCCCAGCCAGAGGACCAGCGCGAGCGGCUUCUGCAGCGUGUGCAGGAGAUGAGGGAACAACUGGAUGUGGCCCAACGCGCCUAUGAGGACCUGGAGUUCCAGCAACUGGAGCGGGAGAGCCGGCAGGAGGAGGAGGAUCGGGACAGCCCUGGGCCCCAGGCGCCAGACCCCAAGGUCCAGGAACUUCAGGCCAGCACGGCGCAGCACAGACGCCGAAUCCGGGUCCUGGAAGAGCAGCUCAAGUCACUGGGGGAGCAGAUGGCAGCCGAGAGCCGGGGGCUGAGCCGGAAGAAGGAGGAGGCCCUUCAGGCCCUGUCACAGGAACGGAGCCGGCUGCUCGAGCUCAAUUGCCUUCAGGGAACACCUGGCGGGGACUUCUCUGAGCCCAACCCAGCCCUCACUAAGGGUGGUUUCACUGGGCAGUGCUCUGACUUAGGGUGGCGAUCAAGCCUUUUUCCUAUGCUCAUGGGCUUUUUGUGUUUUCAGGGCUCCAUUGGCCUCCAGAGGACGGGGAGCCUGCCCCGGAAAAGGGGAGAGAGGGCGAGCCAGAGAGGAUCCCCCCGACCUCUGUCCUUCCAUUGUACUGAAUCCCUGGAGGCCUCAGCUCUCCCGCCAGCAGUGGGGGACUCCGGCAGAUACCCCCUCUACCAGCUGCUGAACUGUGGCCGUGGGAAUAGCUGUGGGGCCGUCCACCCGGACAUUGCCCACAUGGAGCGGCUCCUGCAGCAGGCCAUGGCGGAGAGGGAGCGGCUGCUCAAGGCCCGGGAAGGAACAAGAAGGGGCACGGAAGCUUCCUCAGGCCCUGCUGUCCCUGCCAUCACGGCCCCGCCCACCCCACCCCACCCUCCAGGCCCGCGAAUCUUGGAUCUUCGGCAGCAUCUGGAGGGAUGGGGCCACAACCCAGAAAACUGCCCACAUGUGCAGGUGUCUGGGGGCUGCUGCCGCGGACCCCUGGUAAAGAUGGGCGGCCGCAUCAAGACCUGGAGGAAGCGAUGGUUCUGCUUUGACCGCCAAGCCCGCCGCUUGGCCUACUAUGCGGACAAGGAAGAGACCAAGCUCAAAGGUGUCAUCUACUUCCAGGCCAUUGAGGAAGUCUAUUACGACCACUUACGCUGUGCCUUCAAGAGCCCCAGCCCCCGCCUGACCUUCUGCGUGAAAACCUACGAACGCCUUUUCUACAUGGUGGCUCCGAGUCCCGAAGCCAUGCGCAUUUGGAUGGAUGUCAUUGUGACAGCAGCUGACGAAAACCACGCCCCCUGAGGGGCCCCGCCCACUUGGGGGGAAGUCCCUUCGAGGCUCCGCAGGCGCGAGGGCGUUCCUAGGCCCCGCCCACUGCCGGCAAACUUGGGCGCACGCCUUUGGAACUUUCCUGGGAAUUCCGCAGGCCCCACAGCUCGGCUGGCCUGAGCUGCUGCGUUCUGGGUUGCAGGUGCCUUGCCCCCGACGGGAUCGCCAACCCCUGAGGCCCUGCCUGGGGCAGGAGGAAGAUUGCAGGGGCGGGAAGAAACUAUUUAUUGGUGCUCCUGUGAUACCGAAUUAAAUACGGAAGAAAAACAGGAA